UUAUAGAUUACGUAUCAUUUUGUUUUUUGAGAUUUGUAGAGAACAGCGGAACUGGGUCUGAGACGUUCAAAAUGUACUGUUCAGAAUCUGAACAACCUCUUCAGAAAACUUCUGAUUUCUAUCGAACGUGUAACCUUCCGAAAAGAUUCGAGUACCCUUCUUGGUUCUAUGGGUAUGGAAUUCAACGAUCUCCUCCCAUAAACCCCUUUUACAGAACAACUUCUAGUGAUUAUGGAAGGUAUCCCCCAUCGAUACACAGUGUGCCAACAACGUUCUACCCUAACGUACAGGAAUUCACGAAAGCUUUGAGCAGGGCUGGCAAUUAUAGGAAUUAUUCUUUGAAUGUUGGCAUUGACCCUUCGGUUAUUUAGGGGGAAUUGGUUUCUGCAGCGAAAUGUCAGAAAUGUUUUCUGAAUUUGAAUCAUUCACAAUAUUUAGAUGGGUAACAUGUAACUUUACACGUUUCUUCAUUAUAUUGAAUGAUUAGAACGCAA